AUGACGACUGUUGAAAAGAUUAAAGCCAUCGAAGAUGAGAUGGCUAAAACUCAAAAAAAUAAAGCCACUUCAUUCCAUUUAGGUCAAUUAAAAGCCAAAUUAGCCAAAUUAAGAAGAGAACUUAUAAGUGAUAGCUCCAGUGGAGGUGGAGGUGGAGGUGUUGGUUUCGAUGUUGCAAGAACAGGGGUAGCCACUGUAGGGUUUGUUGGGUUCCCAUCAGUUGGGAAAUCAACAUUAUUAUCUAAAUUAACUGGUACCCAUUCUGAAGCAGCAGCUUAUGAAUUCACAACUUUAACCACAGUUCCAGGGGUUAUCAAAUAUAAAGGGGCUAAGAUUCAAAUGUUAGAUUUACCAGGGAUUAUUGAAGGUGCCAAAGAUGGUAAAGGUAGAGGUAAACAAGUUAUUGCUGUUGCCAGAUCAGUUAAUUUAUUAUUUUUAGUAUUGGAUGUUAACAAACCUUUACAACAUAAAAAAAUCAUUGAACAUGAAUUAGAAGGGGUUGGUGUAAGGAUUAAUAAAGAACCACCAAAUAUUGUUAUAACCAAGAAAGAAAGAGGUGGUAUUAAUAUCACCAAUACUGUACCAUUAACUCAUUUAGAUAACGAUGAAAUUAGAGCUGUCAUGGGAGAAUAUAGAAUUAAUUCCGCCAAUAUUGCAUUCAGAUGUGAUGCUACAGUUGAUGAUUUGAUCGAUGCCAUUGAAGCUAAGAAUAGAAGAUACAUACCUGCUGUUUAUGUAUUAAAUAAAAUUGAUGCAUUUUCCAUUGAAGAAUUGGAUUUAUUAUAUAAGAUUCCAAACGCCAUUCCAAUUUCUUCAGGUAAUGGAUGGAAUUUAGAUGAUUUAUUGGAAAUGAUGUGGUCAAAGUUAAACUUGGUAAGAGUUUAUACCAAACCUAAAGGGAAAUUACCAGAUUUUAGUGAACCUGUGGUUUUAAGAAGUGAUAGAUGUGCAGUAGAGGAUUUCUGUAAUUCUAUUCAUAAAUCAUUAGUCGAAGAAUUCAAAAGUGCCUUGGUUUAUGGUACUAGUGUUAAGCAUCAACCACAAGUUGUGGGGUUAAGUCAUCAAUUAGAAGAUGAAGAUGUCAUCACCAUUUUAAAGAGAUAA